GUUGUGGUGGAGAAGAAGCUCUGGCGCGAUCAGCAAGUCACUCGGCACGACAUCGGGCGAGAGGCUUUCGUCAAAGAGGUGUGGAAAUGGAAAGAACAGAAGGGUGACAACAUUUACCACCAAGUUCGUACACUGGGUAGUUCCUGUGACUGGUCUCGCGCUGCUUUCACCAUGGAUCCGCGUCUCUCUCGCGCUGUCACGGAGGCCUUUGUACGCAUGUACGAAGGCAACCUCAUCUACCGCAAAGAAAGGUUGGUUAACUGGUGUUGUACCCUCCAGUCCGCCAUCUCCGAUAUCGAGGUGGACAAGGUGGAGCUCACUGGUCGCACAGCUUUGUCUGUACCCGGCUACUCUAAGCCCGUGACCUUUGGUGUUCUAACUUCCUUUGCCUAUCCCAUUGCUGACAGCACUUCGAAUGAGGAGAUAGUAGUUGCAACUACCCGUUUGGAGACAAUGCUAGGCGACACUGGUAUAGCCGUGCACCCUGAGGAUCCCCGAUACUCGCAUCUGAUCGGUCGCUACGCUCUGCAUCCAUUUGCGGUGCCAGAACGUCGGUUGCCCAUAAUUGCAGACGCCUUCGUGGAGCGCGAUUUCGGUACGGGUGCGGUUAAAUUGACUCCUGCUCACGAUCCUACCGACUAUGAGGUAGGACUGCGCCACAACCUUCCCUUCCUGACCUGCAUUGAUGAGAAUGGGAUCAUGACCGAAGUUGCCGGACCCUUUGCUGGAUUGAAGCGGUUUGAGGCUCGCAUUGCCGUCCACCGCGCUCUAGUUGAUCGCGGGCUCUACCGAGGCGAGUCUGACAACCCUAUGGUAGUACCUCUGUGCUCUCGUACCAAAGACGUUAUCGAACCACUGCUAAAGCCCCAGUGGUAUGUGCGGUGCACUGAGUUGGCGGCUCAAGCCGUAGAGGCUGUGCGCUCAGGUCAACUAGGCAUCACUCCGCCGAGCUACGUUAACACUUGGUAUGCCUGGCUCCGCGAUUGUCACGACUGGUGCAUCUCGCGACAACUCUGGUGGGGCCAUCGCAUACCGGCAUACAGGGUCUCUCUAAGGUCUAGAGAUACGGGGGAGUUUCAGUCCCUUGAUCCCUCGAACAACAGCUCCUGGGUGGUCGGUCGCGAUGAGGCAGAAGCUAUGGCUCAUGCCAAGUCUCGUUUCCAAGUCUCUGACGUUGAUGCGGCUAGCACCAUCCGUCUGGAGCAAGACGAGGAUGUCCUAGACACCUGGUUCUCCUCCGCUCUAUUUCCCUUCUCCGUUUUCGGAUGGCCGGACAAUAACUCGCCUGAUCUGUCGCUCUAUUACCCUGGAACUCUCCUUGAAACAGGGCAUGACAUUCUCUUUUUCUGGGUAGCACGUAUGGUCAUGGCUGGUCUUUUUCUCACUCAACGUCUGCCGUUUAAUCAUGUCUACCUCCACGCAAUGGUGCGUGACGCCCAUGGCAAGAAAAUGUCCAAGUCACUUGGCAAUGCCAUCGACCCUAUGGAUGUGGUCAAUGGCAUCUCCUUGCCAGAUCUGCAGGCAAAGCUGCUAACGGGCAACCUGGAUCCUUCGGAGCUGAAGAGGGCGACAGCAGCGCAGGCGAAGGACUUCCCGCAAGGCAUUCCAGAGUGUGGAACUGAUGCGCUGCGGUUCGCUUUGCUUUCAUAUCCCACUCGCGCGAGAAGUAUCAAUCUGAAUAUUCUGCGAGUACAGGGCUAUCGGUAUGCUAUGUAUCACUGCCUCCGUGAGGGCUAUACGCCGCCUACUUCAACGUCGUCUCUGGUCCCUACCGCUGCGUCUCUCUCGGGCACCGAUAGAUGGAUUCUUGGACGCCUCUCUUUUGCUGUGGAGGAAAGUAAUUGGGGUUUUGCCAACUACGUCUUCACCCGCGCGACCACUGCUUGCUACAACUUCUGGCUCUAUGAGUUCUGUGAUGUCUAUUUGGAGUAUUCCAAACCGUUGGUAAAGUCAACGCAGAGUGUGGAGUCGAAGCGAGCAGAGACAGUUCGUCACAUCGUUUAUACCUGUCUGGAUGUUGGUCUGCGUCUUCUGCACCCCUUCAUGCCCUAUGUCACGGAGGAGCUUUUUCAACGCCUGCCUCGUCGCAAUCCCGCCACUGAUCCGCCUUCGAUCUGUGUUACUCCUUACCCCACUUCAGACGAGGUGUCCAGAUGGAAAGCAAUUGAGACCUCUGAAGCGGUGGGUUUCCAGUUGGCUUUUAGUCUGGUGCAUCGGUUACGCUCCCUCUACUCCACUUACAACCUCCGUGUCACCAACGAUGACAUUCCUGAAGCUGCAUUAGUUGCUCCCGAGACUACUCUUGCCGCUCUCCGCUCUGGAACCUUCCUUGAUGAUUUAGUGGUACCUCUUGGGAAAUGUCGGGUGACUGCCAUGGUCGCGGAUAAAUCUCAAAUUGACACCUCUGGCUGCAUAAUGGCGACCGUGUCGGCAAUCGACGCUCAAGUAGAUCAUUCAUCGGAAAUAGAGCCUGAAACGGAGGAAGGGGAUGAGAAAGAGUUGGAGGAAUCGGUUCCUGCAGUAGCAGUGGAUAGAAAGAUGAUUUCAGAAGGCGAUUCAGUGGCCACUUGUCAACUCUACCUUCGGCUCGUAGGACGCAUCGAUGCCAGAGCCGAGGAGGAGCGAGCAGAACAGCGAUUGGGACAAAUCCGCAAAGUCAUCGAGACAAUGGAGAAGGCGCGAGCACAACCACAAUAUGUGCAAAAGGUGCCAAUUGCCAAACAGACUCUGGACUUACAGAAACUUCAGGCACUGCGAGUUGAGUUUAAUGCGUUGGCCGAGGUUAUUGAGAAUCUUCGUUUGCUGGGUGCUGCGGUAACGCAAGCACCGGCAAAAGCGUCAUUGGCUACAUCGAUGGAUGUGCACCCUCUGCUCCGCCUCGUUUGUCUCCACUUUGGCAGUGAUAGCACCACCAUUCCUACUGACCUAUUUGAUCUGCAGGCACAGUUGGAGGCGGCUUCUGGUGACGCUCUUCGUUACGCUGAGGUACGGUUCCGUUAA